GAGGACGUGUCGGAACGGAGCGCGCUCGAGCUUUACGGUAGCCUCUAUAGACGUGUGAAUGGGUGGUUUAUUUGAUACUCACUGCCAGACCCUCACACACACACACACACACACACACACACACACACACACACACACACACACACACACACACACACACACACACACAAACACACACACCCGGCCGUAGCUCUAAAAGCGGCUGCGUAAUUACGCACAGUCACUUGUUCUGUUGGAGAAAGACUUGCGGAGUGAAGACGACUCUGAAGACAUUACCUGGAUAAAGAAGAUUACUUAGUUUUGGAAGAAAACUAAGAGGGGAAGAAGGAGAGAGCAGAUGCCAUGCUGCUGUCGGCGCUGUUCUGGUUUUCUCUUGCGGUGCCACUGGGCCAAGCUCUGGAGUUUCAAUACCACAACACAGCUCAGGUGGAGCAAUAUCUACGCGAAAUCAGCAAAAACUAUUCCAGCAUCACACACCUGCACAGCAUUGGCCAGACUGUUGAAGGAAGAGAGCUUUGGGUGCUAAUACUGGGUCAACAUCCUAGAGAGCAUCGUGUCGGCAUUCCUGAAUUCAAAUACGUUGGCAACAUGCAUGGUAAUGAGGUAGUGGGGCGAGUCUUGCUGCUCCAGCUGAUAGAUUAUCUGACCCUCAACUAUAUGAGUGACCCUUUUGUGACGAAGCUGAUGAACACCAUGCGUAUACACAUCCUGCCCUCGAUGAAUCCAGAUGGCUUCGAGUCAUCAGGACGUGACUGCAUGUACUCACAGGGCAGGUUCAAUAAAAAUGGUGUGGACCUGAACCGGAACUUUCCGGAUGCAUUCAUGAGUAAUGUUGAACAUGUGAGAGAAAAGGAGGUGGAAGCUGUGAUAAAGUGGCUAAAGACAGAGAUGUUCGUCCUCUCUGCUAAUCUUCAUGGAGGAGCAGUGGUGGCUAGUUACCCCUAUGAUAACAGCAACGGAGGCAGCGAGCUGCAGGGGGACUCCAGCAUUUCUCCAGAUAAUGAUGUCUUUGUCCACCUGGCCAAGACUUAUUCAACCAACCAUGCAAGCAUGCAAAAGGGAAACAAGUGCUAUGAUUCCAAGGAUUUCACCGACGGCAUCACUAAUGGCUACAGAUGGUAUCCACUAGAAGGUGGGAUGCAGGACUACAAUUAUGUUUGGGCUCAGUGUUUAGAGAUCACUCUUGAGUUGUCCUGCUGUAAGUUCCCUCCAGAACGUGACCUGCCAGGCCUGUGGGAGGCCAAUAAGCCUGCACUGCUGGCCUACAUGCAACAAGUGCAUUUAGGUGUAAAAGGUCAAGUGUUUCACUCAACUGGAGAUCCAGUCCAAAACGCCUCAGUGGAGAUAAAGGGUAGAAAAAAUCUUUGUCCAUUCAAGACAGAUCACAACGGAGAGUAUUACAGGCUGCUGCUGCCAGGAAACUAUACAAUAACGGUGACAUAUCCAGGAUACAUGCCGCUCACAGAAACUGUGUCAGUGCCGUUUGGUCCGGACAGAUUCACUGCUUUAACACACUACUUCCAGUUUCAGAAAAGUGCCAGCACAGUACUUGUGACAACAGAGCCCAGUUGCCCAUCACCUGACGUCAAACAGGGCGAGAACCACAGUGCUGCCCUGCUGCCCAGCACCAUCGCUGCACUCGCUGCCCUCACACUCCACACACUACUUCUGUGAGGAGAUAUCACUCAUAUGACUGUUGAUUCAAUGAAAAAGUGCACACUUUACUCUUAUUGCACAGCCAUACGGGCCAUGUUUUUUGUCUUGCUAUAUUUUUUAGUUUAUAAGGAUUUUUCUUUCCUUUAAAGGCCAUGAAAGGAAAGCAGCUGACUCUGAAUAUUGCAUUUAAAGAACUCAUCAGAGAGGGACACUGCUUUGGGAGCUCAUGAUGGAACGCAUUUGUCUUCCUCUGCCUUGCUUACUGAUGCGCAGAUAGUAAAGGAAACCAAAUCUCCCGGCAGCUGAUAUAUAAGUGCAAAUUGUCUCAGGCCUGAUAGCUUAGGCUGUCUUUGAGAUCUUGCCAGUUUUGGCCUUAAAGUAAAAAGUCACCCUGAAUAUGACUUGCAUAGCAAUAUUAUAAAUCAAUAUGUAAUAUCCAGUCACAUCAAAGAUUUUUUAUAAUGAAAGAUAAAACAGUUUCCUAUAUUUCCAACAAUGGUGUUUGACCACCCAUUGAUUGUGGCGCAGCUGGGAAUGAGCAUCUUGCUUCAUCUCUGUAGCAGUGCAGCAGCACGUUUGUCUGUCUGGUUCUUCCACCUCCUCAUCUCUGCUCAUGGUAAUAUCAAGGUCCCUGAUCUACUCUAUCAAGUUGUCAUCUCAUAAAGCUCAACCUGUUACAAACAAGCAAGUUGGAUUCUGACCACAACCUGUAUGUGCAUUGCAUUCUGGAACUUGGUGUCCAACUUGGUGUCUAAUCAUUAGCCAUUAUGUUUAAGAUAAUCAGUUGAAAAAGUCAUUAGAAAUGUUAGGAUAUCUGUGCAGAAAAUUCAUUGGAAUAACAAAUAUAUAGCAUCAAGCAACAAAUUUACACUAGAAAUGCUAUGCAAAUCACAAAUAUUUCAAUAUAAUAAUUUUUAUUGUUCAUAAAUAAAAGGUGGAGUUUUCCUAUAAGAUUUUUUUACAUGGGCCCUGGAAAUUAUUUUUUUUCCCCGACUGGAGUUAAAGCUCACACAUAUGAUGUUUGAUGGUUGACAGUCUAACAUUUAACAUGAAUAAUUAAGAUUUGAAGUAAAAGGCAGGAUUUUACAAGUGGAAAAAAAACUUGAAUCAAUAAGUGCUUAACUAAUUGCUAUUAACUAAAGUAAUCUUAAAUUUAGCAUCAAAACAUGCUGUUUUAGUGUUUUUAUCAUAUUAUUGUAUAUCUGUCCAUUUUGAUUUUUAUGAGAUUCUGUCAAUUAUUUUGGACAGUGCGUUAUCCAGAAUUUCAAAUGAUGCAGGUACGUUUUCAAGCCAUAGCAGUACUUUUAUUUACUGAUAGCAUUUAAACAUGUAAUUUCUUCUGAAACACAUAUGUUUAUAGUGAAAGUGUUCAGAUUCUGGUUCCAUGAACUCAAAUGGCUAUGCCAAAAACAGCUCUUUUCUCUUCUACCUCAUCCUGGCCUCAUACUGGUAUAUUGACUUGUGCCUUGAAUAAAAUUGUUACAUUCA